AAAAUAGGCUGGAAUUGAACCAUACUUCCACAGGAAAACCUCUGGCACUCAAGUUCCACAGCACUUUAACUUAGAUUCCAAUUUAAGAAGCAAACAAAACAAAACAAGACAAAAAAAAACCAACCAAAUGACAACAACAACAACAACUCAAUAUUUUAUGCCAGUUGUAGGUUGCACAUCUGUUAUUCCAGCAUUAGGAAGUAGAGUCAAGAAGAUCUCCAGCUCAAGAUCUGACUGUGCUACAUCAUGAGAUCAAGGCCAGCCUGGGCCAAAGAGACCUUUGACCAACUGGCAGCUGCCUGGUCGUCAUGGCAACGAAGCACGCUAACGCCGUGUGUCCGGAGGCUGGUGCUGGCUUUCAAGAGAGCAAGGGGCUAUGGCACAGAACGUGUAUGGUCCUGGAGUGCGGAUGGGCAACUGGAACGAAGAUGUCUACCUGGAGGAGGAGCGCAUGAGACACUUCCUGGAGAAGAGGGAAAAAGGAGAACUUCUUAUUCAGAGAAACAGAAGAGUGAAGAAGCACAUUUUGAGACCGAUGCAGCUUUCGAUAUCUGAAGAUGGAUAUGUCCACUAUGGUGAUAAAGUGAUCCUUGUGAAUCCUGACCACGUCCUGGGGGAGGAAGCAGGCAUGUUUAUGAGAGGAGACCUGAGCCUGUGUAUGAGCCCAGAUGAAGUUAAAGCACAGCUUAGUGACGAUUUAGAGAUACCCUGUGGUGUGAGUGCUGUGCAGACCAUCGCCCCGACGGGCAGGAACACCUUCACCAUUUUGAGUGACCAAGCGAACAGCUGCGAUAUGGGUCAAGUGGUUGUGUAUGGGCAGAACUUCUGCCUGGGGAUAGCAGCAGGACUGGAAGGCAAGAUGCUGUAUCUAACAAGUGACCACAGGACCCUUAUGAAGUCUUCUGUGAAGUCCUGGCUCCAGGAGGUGACUCUGUCAGAUGACGUCACCCAUCUGAACUGCUGGCAGGCUGCCUUCCUCGACCCCCAGCUGCGUCUGGAAUAUGAAGGCUUCCCAGUCAGGGCAAACGAGAAAGUUGUCAUCUAUCAUCGUCACACAAACCGAGCCCUGGCAGUCCACCGGAAUCUCUUCUUAAGGACCUACUUUGGGAAGGAAGUUGAGGUUGCAGCUCACACACAUCUGGAUUCACACAAAGUUGAGAAACCGAAGAACCAUUGGAUGCUGGUUACUGGAAAUCCCAGAAAUAAGUCGAACACCAUGCUCGACCUCUCCAAACCCACCACAGAGGACACCUGUGCCGUGGAGCAGGCCAUGGGCAUCAACACGUAGUGACAUACCAGGCAUACACAUGGCUUCUCAGGCUCCACUCUCACCAACUGUAGAACUUAAAAGAAAUGAUCAAUCUUCUUGGUUGUGCCCCAAGCAGUUUUUCAGUAGGUGCAAAACCCCAUGAAUAUGACAUUAAAAGAAAUACCUUGUUAAAAUUACUGAAUUGAAAAUGGAAGCCUAGCCCUGGGGAGUAAAUAGUGUUUGAAAAUGAGUACUAUUUGAAAUUAAAUCAACUUUUGUUGAUAUUCUAAUUGUGAAGAACUUAGUGCCCCCAUUCAGAGCCCCUUGCUUAGCUGGACCAGUGAGGCCUAUGCUCCUUUCCAAAGCUGUGUUUAUGAAAUAAAGAGGUCAGAAGUUUA